AUGUUCUUAUCAAAAUGUGGUAAAUUUCCCAAAAAAAUAGUUUCAAACAUACAAAAUAUUUGUUCAGGUUUUAUGGCAACGCCACCUCGUUGGAGCAAUUCGAGCGACUUUGAAGAUAACUUUGUAGAAUUCUAAUAAAAUACUGAUAGUUUCACUUUUGUUCACUUUUGUUCUGGUGUCUCGAGAAGUGUGCUCAGUGAGCCGAACACACACACAGCUAUCCAUCAUUCUGUUUCUUCGGCAUUUCAACCGAGCUCAACAUUCCAUUCGGUCUCUUUUUCCUCGGCUCCUGAAUUGUUUGUCUAAAAAAGAUGGGGGCAGAAGUGAAGAAUGACGAGACGAUCUAAAAUAAGAACAAAGAGUCAUAUUUAGAGACGUUUUGCUUGUUUGCAGGCAAACUUUUCAAAUAGCCACGGCAAGACUGCACAAAAAAUGAAAUAUUCUGAAUGCGGAUGUGUAUAGCUGAACUUUGCACAUGAAUGGUCAUGGCGCGAAGUAGAAAAAGUGUUUUGAUGUCAAAAAUGACAUGGAUUUGCCAUUUUCUAUCUAAUUACACUAAAAAUUGUUGUCAGGCAGAAUCCGCGCCGAAAGUACAAGUAUGACGGGCAUCGUUACCAGAGUUGAGCGGAAGAACUCAACGGAAGAACACGGAAGAAUUUUUAUCUUUUUUAGAAAAUUUUUUCAUGAAAUGUGAUCAACUGACGAAAUGUAUAGCAAAGUGAACUCUGCUCAUCGAAAAAUAAUUGUAAAUUUAGCUUUUCAUACAAAAAAGUUAAGGGCUAACCGAAGACGGAAGGACAUUUUCACGCAACAACUCGAAUAACUUUUUUGUAUGAAAAGCUAAAUUUACAAUUAUUUUUCUAUGAGCAGAGUUUACUUUUCUACACAUUUUGUCAGUUGAUCACAUUCCAUGAAAAAAUGUUCUAAAAAAGAUAAAAAUUCUUCCGUGUUCUUCCGCUCAACUCUGAUCGUUACGUUACGAUGUUUGACAAUAUCUCUGAAGAAUAGCAAACAACUUAAUAAUGCGAACAUUUUGAGUUCUUUGACAGAAAUUCCACCAUUUUCAGUCAAUAAACCAUAAAUUAUAGCGAGCUCGAGCGUGGCUCUGAUUCAGCAAGUUCAGCACUGUGGCCAACACCAAGAUCAUCACGAUUUCCGUUCUUUUCAUCAUCGUAACUCCGCCCAACCUUCUCUCUUAUCACCCCCCUGGCCGCUUGUCACAUCGCACUGAUAGCCGACCCUCGUCGCCCUUCAUCGAAUUGAUUCGAUUCUCGAAACAACGCGGUUUCCAUUCUAUUUCCAUCCUUUUAUCCCCGCCAAACGUCUAGUCGGACCACGUGGUCCCGUUUCUCUGCGCUCUCCUCGCCUCUCACGCUCUCUCUCUCUCUAUCCCGUCGACAGUUGUCUUUUGUCGAUUUACGAGAAACAGUGUGCGAGAGGAGGAGACGCAGAGAAGGAAGGAUUGCAACGUGUCGAGCGUGCAUCGGACACGGUGUAAACCUUCGCUGACCUCUCGGCUGAGCCAAGAGACGCCUCUUUCGAUUUCCAGUUCGAUUUCGAUUUCCUCUUUACGUGCAACUUUUUUCGCUUCAGGAAUGCAACGUGUGCACGCGUGUCGGCCACUUCUCGCCAAAGGACAUGUCACCUACUACAAAGACCAGCUGCUGAUUGUGAGAGGAGAGAAACAGUUUCUGUUCGACAAGUCCGGCAAGAAAUAUUUGGAUUUUUUUGGCGGAAUUGUGACUGUUUCCGUCGGACAUUGCCAUCCGUGAGUUCUAGGCGCGCCACGGUCUCCCCUUCGGCGAGAAAAAAAUCUUCGCGCGCUUUUUUGCGUGCGGCUCUCAGUGUCGAUUUACGGGAGACGGGUUUUCAACUGAAAACUAUGUUUUCCCGAGUUUUUCGAAUUAUGCACAGUUUUCCUUCAAAACUUUUGCCUCACGUUUGUUCAUAUGACCGAUAGCUACAAAAUAAUCACAGAGUGCUCGUGUAAAAGUGAAAAUUCGAAGAGUAAUUUCGUUUUUUUAAAAUUUGGCUUGAAAAAACGAAACUUUUGGAAGUUUUGAGAAAAACAGUUGCCUCACGAUUGUUCAGCAGACAAAGGCGGUCAUUUUGAGCACAGAGACGGCCCAUAAAAUGCAAAAAUUACUGAGAAAUUUCAGUUUUUGAGGCGCCGCAGACUGAAAUUCACAGAAAAGUUUUUUGUGGGCAAAACGCUAAUUUAAGGUCACAGCUGUCAUCAACAAUUCGGAAAUUCUCUGUUUUACUUCAUUUUACUCAUUUUCGGAUUAAAAUUUCGGGUUUUCGGAAAAAAAUCCACAAAUUUCAGACCUGCUUUUGUUUUCAACGACACUCCGUUUUAACGCGGCGCUCAAUUUAGCAUUAGCUUUUGGGGAGACAGUGAAUGGGCGCGCAAGUGCGCCGCGCCCAAUAGAACGAUACAUUGGCGCGAAAUUCAAGUUUUAACGGCAAAAUUUGUGUUUUUUUGCCAGAUUAGCCACGAAAAACCGAUAGCUUCUCAUUUGUCUCUCGAUAGACCGAUUGUAUAGGCGAUUACGAAUUUAUUAAGCGCAAGAGCGUUAAAUUUGGUCAAGUCGCAAAUCACAUUUAUCCGUUUGAAGGUUUUUGGCUAAAACUGCGUGAAUUUCAGCUGCUUUUCGGUAGUUUUCGCGGUUCGAGCGCUCAAAAUGCUUGUAUUUACGUGAUUUAUCAUUCACAAAACCAAUUCUGUCCGAAAACGGUCAAGAAAGCGCAAAAUGAGAAGUGCGGCGAUCGGCGGCGAAGGCGAAAAAGCAAAGUCGGCGAAAAAUGCGCCAAAACGUCUUUACUACUGAGAAUUAGUGUGUUUUCAAGCCGAACAAUUAUUUUUCAUCGCCCUUGACCACAAAAAUCAGAGAAAACGUGCUCAAUUCAUGAAAACGCCAUUUGGCCGCCGAGGCCACGCCCAUAUUGUCAGCUCUGGACACCGUGAGGCACCAUACUUUUGAUCAGGGAAAACAGAAAAGUGCUCCAACUCUAUAAGUUUCUUCCUGAUCCAUCCGAAGGUGUUGUGGUCGUUUCCCAUCAAAACUAGCGCAUUUUCAGCAAGAUCAACGCGGCGCUAAGCGAGCAGGCGUCGAAAUUGUGGCACACGACGUCCAUCUAUCACACAGAGCCCAUCUACGAGUACGCGGAGAAGCUGAUCGGAAAGUUUCCGAAAAAGUUGAAUGUCGGCCCUAAUGCUAUUGUUCCGACGAGCCAUUUUCAAUUUUCAGACGGUGUUCUUUGUGAAUUCGGGCUCGGAGGCGAACGAUUUGGCGCUCGCGUUGGCCAGAAACUAUACGGGACGGUUCGAUGUGAUCUCGAUGCGCAACGGCUAUCACGGAAUGACGCAGACCGUUCUCGGCGCCACCAAUCUCGGCAACUGGAAGCCAGUGUUCCCGCACGGAUUCAACAUCUUCAAAUCGCUCAACGCGGAUCCGUACCGCGGCAUUUUCGGCGGCAGCAACUGCCGCGACUCGCCGAUUCAGGUCAAGAAUCGGAAGUGCGAGUGUGCGCCGGGAGGAUCGUGUCAGGCAUCCGACAAGUACGUCUCAAUUGCUGGCCGCUGGAAAAACGGUGGCAAAACUAUAUCAUUCAGGUACUUGGAGCAAUUCGACGAGAUGCUCUUGCACGACUUCUCGCACUCGUCCGGUCCGGCCGCGUUCCUCAUCGAAUCGAUUCAGGGAGUCGGAGGAACUGUACAAUAUCCGCAUGGGUACGGUCUCGAGCCGACAAACGUUUGCUCUUUUGUGCUCUCACAACGACAGGUUUAAAGGCGCAGCAGCAAAUUUGUCGACAACACCCCCGACACUCGACCGUAAUCCUUUGUUCAGAUACCUGAAAAAGUCGUUCGAGGCGGUUCAAAAACGCGGAGGACUCGCGAUCGCCGACGAAGUUCAGACUGGUUUCGGACGUCUCGGAUCUCAUUUCUGGGGCUUUGAAUGUACGCUUUUCACAGUGUUCUUUCUCUGAUAUUCGGGUGCAUCGGGCAAGCCGAGAACUUUACUUUUUGUGCCGACACGCUUUGCAGGCAACCAUUUUCAAAAAAGUUACGCUCGAUCAAAGACAGUGCACUUCUAUGAGCCAUUACUUUUUUGAAAGAGGUUGUACGAAAAAGGGGUCAAGGCAGAAAAUGAAGGGUUUGAUUGUACAAUAGCACGAUUUGACUGAAUGUUAAUGUAAAAACUGGGCACCAUUUAUUCGAGACGACAUAUCUCAGCUACCAGUAAAGAUAUCAAAAAGUUGUCAACAGAUGAAAUAUCUGUAACGUUUCAAUGCAUAUUUUAUUAGUUGACAACUUUUUGAUAAGUCCACUGGCUGCUGAGAUAGAAUGUUUUGAAUGAAUUGGGGGUAGCCUUGCUAUUGGGGGUAGCCUUGCUAUACAGUUGGUACAGUCAAUUACCCAUUUUUACAGCACAAGACGCCUCUCCGGACAUUGUGACAAUGGCGAAGGGCAUCGGAAACGGCUUCCCGCUGGGAGCCGUCGUGACUACGAAAGAAAUUGGCGACGCGUUCAACCGAUCCCUCUAUUUCAACACGUACGGAGGCAAUCCGCUCGCGUCGGUCGUCGGAAAGGCCGUUUUGGAGGUUAUCGAGGAGGAGAAGCUGCAGGAGAACUCGGCUAUUGUCGGAGAUUAUUUCCUCAGACAGCUGGCCGCGAUCGACGAAUCGGCCAUCGGGGAUGUUAGAGGAAAGGUGCGUUGCGGGUCGAACAACUAUUGUCCAUUCAUUCAAAGCGGUAUACCUCAGCUGCCGGUGGAUAUUUCAAAAAGUUGUCAACUAAUAAUAUGUUCACUAAACGAUUUUGAACAUUUUAUCACUUGACCACUUUUUGAUAUCUUUACAAAGAGCUGAGAUGUACACCCUAGAAUAAAUGGUAUUUCUACUGUACAUUUCCAGGGUCUCAUGAUCGGUGUCGAGUUGAUUGACGAGCAAGGAAAACCGUUGGCCGCCGCCAAAACUGCCGCCAUCUUCGAGGACACUAAGGUAGGACCCCGGGAUUACUGUACUUUCCGCCUACUCUCUUUUCUCUCUUCCAGAACCGCGGACUUUUGAUCGGAAAGGGCGGAAUCCACGGAAAUGUGUUGCGCAUCAAACCGCCCAUGUGCAUCACGAAGGAAGACGUCGAUUUUGCGGUGGAGGUGAUCGCGAAAUCGAUCAAACAAUUCAAAUAA